AGCAUCGAGUACAUUUGAGCUAGGCUUUGGGCGUUGUUUUCAUUUCACUUUGCAGGUGUAUAUUAAACAGUAAGUGUUUGGGUUAAACUAGAAUUAAAUAAACAAUUACACAAAGCUGAAUGAAACCAAUUGGAAUUGGCAAGACAACACAUUGCAGGCAAAUGUUAGUGGCCAUUCCUUAAGGGAAACGCAUAAGCUGGCAUCCAUUCUCACAAUCUCUCAUAAAGGGAACACACUGAUUCCGGAGGAUUAUGUCCACCAUCGAAGAGGAGCGUAAGGCAUACGAGAAGAAUCCAUAUUUCACUGGUCACAUAUACGGCAAUUUCUCGCCGUUUUAUGUGACAAUUGCCAUUUGCACAGUUGUCUUGGGCACAAUUAUUAUAUUGAACAUUAUUUUGGGUUGCUGUUCCAAGCAUCGCAAAUAUUGGCAGGACAGACAUACUGGCAAUCGUUGGCUUGUCUCCAUUUGGUCAGCCACACCGCAUAAGCAGCCGCCGCUAGAUUUUACAGAAUUGAAAGACGCUUCCUAUUUCCAGAAGUUUCAUCCCACAACCCAUCAGCAAGUGUUUCCCACUAGCGAAAACGACAACGAACUUGUCAUUGGCAUUGACGAGUUGGAGCCCGUGCAUUCUUCUUCGCAUCAGCAUCAACGUCCGCCCCGCCCCGAGGGUCGAACUCUGCAUCAACAGCGUCAGCGUGGGGAAUACGUAGAGUUGCAGAAACGAGAAAGCGACAUUUAA